AUGCAGUGUAAUACAACAUUUUCAAAUAUGCAUCAAGAGAAUUUUUCAACUCAAAAUCAAGUAAAAGAAAACAAUUUUUCUCUUUUUGAUAAAAACUUGAAAAGAAUUAAUAAAAAUCUAGUAGAAGUCAAUGAAUAUUACUCCUCUCAAAAUGAUCAUUCACAUUCAGUUGAAAAUCAUUCUCAGGUCACAAGAAGCGAAACAUUUAAUGAACCAAUUGAUGAAAAAAUUGAUGAAACUUUACAUUUCUAUGAUGAAUUACACAAAAUUAAAAUGAAUGAAAUUGAAGUAAGUAGGAAAAUGUCUGUACGGGAUUCAUUGAACAAAAAAGUUGAUACUUGGGAACAGACGAAAAAAGAAUGUUCUAAAAUACUUACAAAUGUUGAUGAAGACUCAAAGGAUUCCGUUCGGAAGAGACUUAUUAUUGAUAGAAGUUAUAAUAUUAAACAACUUGAUAACAAUAAUGAUCAAUUUCAAACUAGAUUACGAGAAGAACAAAAUACAUUCGAUAAAAAAAAAUUAAGUAUGAAAUUUGUCUCGGCUCUAAAUAGGUCAUUAAGUUUAUUAAGCGACAUAAAAAAAUUGUUAAAUGAAAGUCUUGUUACGACACCACAAUUACUUAGUAGUCACAAACACAAUUAUAUUUUUCUUGAAACGGCUUUAAAUGAACUAAAAAAUAAAUCUUCAAAUACUAAUGAACAAGAUAUCUUGAUUAUUAAUCAUCAUCAACAAAAUAUUCAAAUAUUUUAUGAACAGUUACUGAAAUUACAAGAUAAACAUGUUUCGUUUAAAAUUGAUGGUCAUAAAAAUGAAGAGAGUGAUAUACCAAAUGAAAAUAUACUUAAAAGCAGUGAAAAUAAUUAUCAAAAUCAGAUAAUAAAACAUAAUGUUCUUGAAACAAAAAAUAAAUGCGAAGAAACCAAAAAUGAAAUAAACAAUUUUACUUUUAUAAAAAAUGAAAAGCCUGUUGUUAAGUCUGAAGAAUUCUUCACAUUUAAGUUUAACACAGAUAAAAAAGUUAACAAUAGUGAUAUAUCAAAUUUUUCUUUUAAAAUUAAUAAAGAUUCAAAACACGAAGAUAUUAAGAAUAAUUGUAUUUAUAAUUUUGAAGAUGAAUACAAACAAUUUUUAGAAAAUCAUGUAACUGUGCAGAAAUAUUUAAAAAAAAUUAAAGAUGAUUAUUCUUCUUUUCUUUGUAACGAUAACCUAAAACCAUUGAGACAAGAAUUAGUCAAAGCAAUUAAUACACCAGUUAAUAGUAUAUCUUCUGUCUCGUCAUGGCAUAUGAAAGACAAAUUUGAGAAACUUGAUGCAUUACUGAAAUGUAAGACUGUGAAAACUGGUAAUUCUACCGUAACAGCAAAUAGUCAUCCAGAUGCAUUAAUAUUUUGUAAGGAUACAUUGGCUAAAAAAAUUAUAAAUAUUGGAGAGCAAGUGGCUAGUGUUAAAACCGAAACUGCUUUUGAAGUGGCAUCAAUUGUUACAGAACUUUGGAAAAUUCAUCCAGAUUUUGGUAUUUUGUUAUAUGCUAGAUUUAAACAAAAAUGUCCAUGUCUUAUACCAUACAAUGCUGAAAAAACAAAUGAAGAAACUGAUGAAGAAUAUUAUAAAUCAUUAUGUUAUAAUUAUACAAAUGGAGCUGUAGAAAAACAAGAUAAGUAUGUAAAAAGAAUGACUGGUAUUGUAAGAUUAUUUGCAGCAAUCAUAGUAACUGAAUCUAAGAGUGGUAAAGCGUUAGGUAUUGGACAAGCCUGGAUGCUGAUUGCAGCAACUGUACAUUUAGUUCCCCAAUUAGAUGUUACAGCCAUUUUGUUACAUGAAAUACUGAUAAUUACUGGUUAUAGUCUUAAACAAACUUAUGGAAGACAAUUUAUCAAAAUGUUAGAAUACAUAAAUACCAACUAUAUUAAAAAGAUUGAUGAAGUUACACCUGUUGGUUGUGGAGGUCCAGUACAAAGAUUAAAAACAUUUAUCAACAAAGUUAUUCAAGUAGGUUAUAUUGAAAAACCUAAAGGUAUAAUACCUCAUAAUUUUUGGUAA